AUGUCUUCGCAUAGCCUGAAAUUCGCCAUUUUAGUACACGAGUACUCAUCCAAUGAGCCUGUACAUAAGCCAAAGCUGACUUUUCUGUCUUCUGAUGGACAUCAGUCUGUCGUUUUUUCUAACGACUUUCCACAGAAUAUCAUAUUAUUCCCCAGCUUCUGCCACCAUUGGAACCCAUUUCAUUUCAUUUCAAGCCUUCAACGCUUGUCUGCAGCCGAUGCUAUUCCGUUGGUUUCAUCGCGCUUCCUUUACCGUCUUUACCUAUACCACUUUAAAUACUUCAUGAUCCUAUUUCAUCCUAUAUCAUCCUAUAUCAUCCUAUAUCAUCCUAUUUCCCAGUGUACCCCAAAGCCCGGUCCAAUCUGCUAA